AUGACAAUUCCUGAGAAAAGAUUAGCUGAAGAAGAAGAAAAAGAAGUUAAAAAGGCAAAUACAGAUACAUUUACAAAAGGUAUAGCUGGUAUUAAACCUGAAUUUGUUGUUAAAUCAGAUUCAAUAAGUAAUUUUGUAAAUUAUAAUGAUGAUGAAGCUGAAGGUGGUGAUAGAAAUGGACCAGAAGAAAAAGGAGGUAAUAAGAAAAAUAAUAAGAAAAAUAGAGGUCAAAAUAAGAAAAGAGAUUUAAAGCAACAUAAAGGAAGUAUUAGACUAUGUCCAUCAUUAAUGGAUCCAAAUUCAGAUAGACAAUGUGUUUCUAAAUUAGGUAAAGAAUGUAAAUUUUCUCAUGAUAUUAAUGAAUAUUUACAAUCUAAACCAGAAGAUAUUGAUGGUAUUUGUCCAGUUUAUCAAGCUUUGGGAUAUUGUCCAAGUGGAUUAAAAUGUAGAUGGUUAAAAUCUCAUUAUAAUAAAGAAAUAAAUGAAUUAAUACAAGAUGUUGAAAAAUAUAACAUUGUACAAAAGCUUAAUUAUGAAGUUAAUAAAAUAGAUAAUGGUAUUAAAUAUGAUUUACAAAAGAAGAAAUAUAAUUAUGAAUUAGCUGAACCAAUUAUAAAAUUUAUUGAUUCAUUGGUUAAUACCGAAGAUAAUAACAAAUUGAAACAAGAAGAAAGAAAAGAUAAUGAAUCAGAAUAUCAUGAAUCUAAAUUCAAAUCAGCUGAAAAGAAGAAAAUUAAUUUAAAAAAUGCUAAAAUUGUUUCUCCAUUAACUACAGUUGGUAAUUUACCUUAUCGUAGAUUAAUGAAGACAUUAGGAGCAGAUGUAACAUAUUCAGAAAUGGUGUUAUCUAAAGAAUUAUCAAUGGGUCAUAAUCCAGAAUGGGCAUUACCAAGAGCUCAUUCGAGUGAAUAUCCUGGAUUUGGAGUACAAAUAGCUGCAGCAAGACAUUGGUCGGCAGCUAAAGCUUGUGAAGUAUUAUAUAAACAAUGCAAUUCAAUUUCAGAAAUUAAUUUAAAUUGUGGUUGUCCAAUUGACUUAUUAUAUAAAUCUGGGCAAGGUUCAGCAUUAAUGGAUCAACCUUCUAGAUUAUUAAGAAUAUUAAGAAGUAUGAAUUUGACAUCUGGUGAUAUACCAGUUACAGUUAAAUUAAGAACUGGGGUUAAAGAAAAUAAAAAUACAGCUUUAAAUUUAGUUAAACGAGUUUUGGAAGAAGGUAAUGUUGCUGCUAUUACAUUACAUGGUAGAUCAAGACAACAAAGAUAUGCAAAAGAAGCAGAUUGGAAGUAUAUUGAAGAAGUUGGGAAAGUUGUAAAAGACUAUAAUGAAAACCAGCUAGAAAAUAAAGAUUUAACCGAUAUUCAACCUACUUAUUUUGUUGGAAAUGGAGAUGUUUUCUCACAUGUUGAUUGGUAUAAUGGUAUUUCAUUACAAGGAGUUGAUUCAGUUAUGGCAGCAAGAGGAGCAUUAAUAAAACCAUGGAUUUUUGAAGAAGUUGAAGCACAACAAUAUUUAGAUAAAUCAGUUUCUGAAAGAUUAGACAUAUAUAAAAAUUUUGCAAAUUUUGCAAUUGAACAUUGGGGAUCAGAUGAAUAUGGAGUAAAUUUAUCAAGAAGAUUUAUGUGUGAAUUUAUAAGUUUUACUCAUCGAUAUAUACCAAUUGGUAUAAUGGAAAGAUUACCUCCAAAAUUAAACGAAAGACCACCAAAAUGGAUAGGUAGAAAUGAAAUGGAAACAUUAUUAGGAUCAGGAGAUUAUAAAGAUUGGAUUAAAAUAACAGAAAUGUUUUUAGGUAAAGCUGGAGAUGAAUUUCAAUUUAUACCAAAACAUAAAAGUAAUUCAUAUGAAUAA